AACCUUUCGAACGAAAGAUUUCCGAUAUAGGACAUUGCUUGUUCCUUGAUAACAGAGACCGGAAGAAAUUCCUCUUUCAUUCUAAUGUGAGGGACAUUUGCAAUAGAACACUAAGUUAUUUCAAACGUCAAAUCAGUUAGAUUUUGAUAGCCAUCAUGUUAGAGAGGAAAACGUUACUAAUGCUCUGCACAUUGUGCUAUGCUGCAUGUUUAGUUUCGACUCAAAGUGAGUUCGAUGUCGGUAUAGGCCAACAGCAGCAAACUACAUUUGGUCAAAAGGUUGAUGAAAUUGCUGUGAAAGACAAAAUAGCUGAACAAAUAAACACAACCGAGAAAAGAACCUUUCUGUACCAUUCAAAAGACAAAAAACCAAUGGCAGUUUAUGAUAAACUUUUCAAAGGAAGUAUUAUAUUAAUGUUGAGGUCAUACUUAACUUCACUAGGUCAAGAUUCUUGGUUAUUCAAUAACUAUGACCCAGACCAUGUAAAUGUCCAGCGAACCAAUGAUAAUGUUCCAUGGGUAAACUACAGAGAUCCAGCAGAGUUUGAGAAAAUGCUUGUUUCAAAGACCUUGGUCAAAGCAAUCAAUGAUUUAAAUGGUGUAAAAGAAGAAUGGUACCCAUGUAAAGUGACUGGAAAAGUUGUACGAAGAGGUGAUCAUACAAAAGUUGUUGCGGAUUCUGCAGAGACUGGGGAAUUCUCAGUGCUGUUUUAUCUAAACUCCAAAUGGAGGAAGAAUUACUAUGGAGAGUUGUACUUCUUUGACGAUGAUCGGGAAAUAAUGCAUGGUGUUACUCCCAGGCCAGGUCGUGUUGUAAUAUGGGACAGCUCGAUUCUGCGCUUGACAAGGCCCCCAAGUGUCUCCUUCAAACAAGGACAGAUUUUGCUCCACAUCACAUAUUCAAAGUCAAAACAAAAGAUGCUCAAUGAACAUGAAAAAUGGACAGCUUUUUGGAAUGAUCGUUUAGAAGCAAAGAAGACAUGGUAUCUUCCUGAUUAUGAGGAAACAGACGAUAAACCAUUGGUUCCAGAUGUUUCAAAGCAUCUAUUUGCAAAUUAUUCAACUUUAAAGGGCGAGAAAAUAUUUGUUUUUGAUAAUCUGUUUCCAAAAGACUUGCUUGACCAUAUGCGGGCUCAUGUGUUGAAGUAUGGAACAUACUUUUACGAUGACAGCAUUGAUGAGGAGAGUGACAAUGUGCAGUGGAUAGCUGGCCUCGAUAUGCCAUUGUACUUGAAAAGCCCAUACUGGAAGAUCAUUCAUGCGGUCGCAAAGUAUGCAUCUGGUUCUUCAGAAUGGUUCCCAUAUGAUGUGUCAACAAAUCUGGUACGCAAUGCAGACCAUACUAGGAUACAUCUGGACACCGGGCAUGACAAGGAGAAGGAAUGGACAUUCCUCGUAUACCUGAAUCCAAACUGGACGCAGAAUUAUUAUGGAGAAACAGCGUUUUUUGAAAGGAAUAGUGAUGAUACAGAAAUUGUUGCAGAGGUUAGGCCAAGAUAUGGAAGAUCUGUUAUUUUCCAAGGCCAAAUACCACAUUCUGCUCGACCUCCAAGUCUGAAUUUCACUGGAGCUCGGCUGACGUUUGUCACAAAAUUGCAAGAAAAUGAGUACUAUGGACGCUACAAGAAUCUUGAAGAGGAACUAAGGCAUUUCCAAUCGCAUUCGGGUGCCAUUGCGACGCUGGAAACAUUAUCACGCUCAGGAGACGAAUUACAAUAUAUGCAACAGAUGAAGAAAGUGAGGGAUCAAAGGAAAACACCUAAAUAUAAGACUGAAAAUGCAGAUACAAAGCAGCCAGUUGAGAAUGAGGGUGGUGAAGAUGGUGUUGAAUAUACAGAUAAGGUUGACAUUGAUAGCGAGGGUGAAGAGGGUGAGAAUGAGGAGACAGAAGGCGAGGAAGAAGAAGAGGAGCCAGAGGAAGAAGGGGAAGCACCUGAAGAUGUAUCAGAGUUAGUGCAAAGGCAGAGGCCCCCGGCUGAUGCGCAAACUGACGAGCCAAAUGAAGAAGAGGAAGAAAACCAGCCUGAUGUCCAGUACAUCGUGUCUAAAAUGGAGGAGAUUAAGAAAAAAGACUUUGGAAAUGCAAAGCGUGUUGCAGAUUUGUACAAUGAGAUGAAAAGCAAAGAUGCGGAGCUCUUGGCAAAAAUGAGCGAGAAGUUCCCAACUUUGUUGUAAGUUGGAGUUUGGAGUCUGAAGCAGCGGAGAAUAAUCUCGAUGAAUGAAACAUUUUGUAGAAACUUUGUCAACACAUUUGAGCUAGAGUGUUGUUCUUGUGUUUUUCCAUGUUUUAGAAAGUUGCUUUCUUCACCCCAUAAGGGUUGAAUUUUAAAGUCGCUGGCAGUGAUAAAGUCGAUCGAAAACCUUCUUCAACAGCUGGUCACUUUAAGAUAACACCAAGAAUGCAUUAGGUUUAAGUUUAAAACUUGCUUCUCCUUCAGACCUUUUUAGAACCCCUUGCUUCUCCUUCAGACCUUUUUAGAAUCCCUUUAUGUUUUUAUUCUUUCCUGCAACACCUCUCUUAUUUUUUAUAAACAUCGGCAGCGGAUUUUACACCUUUUUAAUGAAGUAAGAAUACCAUGUAGUUGAGUUAUUUAUAAUGGCAAUUUGUAGGAUGGGAGCUGAAAUAUUUGCUGUUUUGGA